UCCGUUCUAUGUCAUUUCCGGUGUAGGCGCGGACGGCGGAGGACGAACGAAAACGAGGCGUUACCACGCAGGAAAAAAUCCCUGACUUUCUACGUCACACACCGUGAUUAAAACCACUGCAGCUCCAUUGGUGAUCGGAGAAACGAAACAAACGGCACAAGCUCAAGAUCAUUUUUCAUUUUUCGGAACAGAACUUCAAAAUUUGGCUUAGUUUUCAUUCGUGCAUCUUUUGGAAAGAACAGUUACUGUUCUUUAAAUCAUUUUUAUCAGGGAUACCUUUAACUGUUUAAAUUGAAAACAAAAGAGACAGCUUAUAAAAAUGAACUAUAGAUUUCCGGUAGCAGUUGUGUUGCUCAGUUUAUAUACAGUGUCUGGUACGGAAGUGCUCACAAAUGACGAUCUAUCCCAGGCAGGUGACGAUGAGGGUUCCUUUAACCGGGUAAGGCGAGGCGGUUUCAGUAUGCUGCGGCUCGGUCGGGGGCUUCAGAUGCUUAGGCUUGGAAAACGGGCCCUACCCAUGCUCAGACUCGGGCGGUCCGCAAACAAUGGGCUGAAUGGAGAGGACUUACAAUACCUUCUGUCUAUUGUCCGUCCUGACAGACAGGUCCCCUUGCCAAGAUAUGGAAAAGACAUAAACAAAGACCUCGCCUUGCAAUAUAUGCUUAUAAACGCACUCAAGAACGCUGAAGAUGAUGGCACUGAGUAUUAUGAGAAUGAGCGACAAGGUUAUGAUGGUUUCGGUUACGGCUAUCCUUACGAUUCUUCUGCUGAACGACAGAUUCGCCCUGCUCCUCGGCCGGGGUACAGAUAUAAGCGCUCCAGCGGCACAGACCCGUCCGAGAAAGACAAUGACAUACAGGAUAAGCCAACUGAGGCUAACUAUAAAUACGACCUUAGCUAUGAUCCCGAAGCAAGAUAUGAUUUCGCUCGCGUUGCUCCUUUAAUGAGGUACGGGAAAAUGUUGGGCUCUGUUUCUGACGAAGACGUGGAUGAAGUCGACAAAAGGGGGGCAAUGCGCAUGCUUCGUCUUGGAAGGGGAAUGCGCAUGCUCAGACUUGGAAAGCGUCUGUCUGACUCUGAAAACAAUGAGUUGACGGAAGCUGACAAACGUGCAUUACGACUGCUGCGGCUAGGGAAACGGCCAGCGUUCCACAUGCUCCGCCUUGGACGGGGAGGUGAGCAAGAGGAGGAGAAACGCGCCCUUCGAUUACUCAGACUAGGAAAGAAAUCUGUUACAGAGGAAUCUUGACAAAUUCAUGUAUAGAAAUACUUAAAUACUGAAACGAAAAACAAAAUUGUGAUUGAGAUGUGCAUGAGUUUUGAAAGGAAGGUUCUUUACAGUAGUUCAUUGAUCUGUGUUAUUUGAUCACUAAUAUUCGGGGUAAAUUAUUUUUUUAGGAUUUUAAGAAAUGGACACAUGCAACAUGAAAAUCAACAAAUAUCAUCAGUUAUUCCUCUAAUGUUUACGUUGGUGCUGUGUAUGCAGGAACUGUUGACUGGCACAGAGUGGAACUGUGAGAUAUUUCUGUGAGACUACACAACUUAAGACAUGCUUACCGUAUCUGCUAUCGCUGUAGAAAAUUAUCAACAACAUUAUUUCUCAUAAAUAAUUCAAACUUGUGUUCCGUUUUGUGUCUUUUGGAGAAAACAAAUCUUACUGGUUGAUUGUUAGGUGCAUCAAUGCUAUUCUUGACUAUUUAAAUUAAUUUAAAAAACAAAACAACAGUAUAUACAAUUGUAAACCAAAAUAAAUACAAUUUGGUCUGUUUUUAUUAUUCAGUUCACAGAGAGAUAAUUACUUUAUAAAUAGUGCAUUGUACUUAAAUGAAAGUAUUUAUACCAAAACUGUACCCGUAAGGCGGCUACGUUACUGUAGCGGUUCAUUAAAUGCAUCGUAAGCAAUGUCUAAAAAACAUAGUUUUAAAUAAACUGAACCAAAUA